CUAGCAUAGUCUUACGCAGUUGCUGCUCCGCUCCCUUCUCCCAUCUAGUCUCCUCCACACAACUCACUGCACCAGAGCAAACGAUCGUACCCUACUACCCUUGACCUUGAGUCCAUGUCCAUGUCCAUAUCCAUUUCAUGCGGCGUGUGCGGCGGUGUCGUGGGCAACUGCCUGCACUACCACCACAACAUCAGCGUGUUCCCCGUUCAGCGUCACGAGCCGCUGCCGCCGCUGGAGUACCAGUUCUUCAACCACGCCUGCGACCACGACGUGGGAACCACGUGGCCCGAACCGCCGGCGGACAACCACAACCGCAACACCAGGCCACCGACGACGUUCCAUGGCCUCCAGUACAUGCCGCAUGCGCAGCAAGCAGAAGCUGCUGAGCUGAUCACGUUCCAGGUAGACGCCGGUGCCGGCCGAGACAUGCCACAACCGGCGAGACCACCCACCAUCAUGCCAUUUUGCGGGGACACACUCACUGCCACCGUGAACAAGCAGGCCAUAGUGGCUAUCGAUGGAGCGAUGAUGAUGGUGGCGGCGCAUCAUCAUGCAAUGCACGAGAGAGAAGCGAAGGUGAUGAGGUACAGGGAGAAGAGGAAGAGGCGGCGCUACGAGAAGCAGAUACAUUAUGAGUCCAGAAGAGCUUAUGCCGAGUUGAGGCCACGGAUCAAGGGCCGUUUUGCCAAGGUACACGAAGAAGCCAACGUGCCAUCAUCUCCACCACCAUCGGCAUAUGAUCCUACUAAACUCGGCCUCGGGUGGUUCCCCCAAACCAGGUAAAACAAUCUCAUAUGUAUAUUUCUAGUGAAUCCUCCAAUGGAUAGUUGUUCACCCAAGUAAAAGGGACAAGAUGCCCUUAGAGAUGUGUUCAUGAUUUUGAGAGGUUGCUACUGAAUUAAUGUGAU